CCUCCCUGCGCCACGCCGCGGUCCCCUUAAGAAGCGGCUUGACGUCAGCCAACUGUGGAGCCCGGCGCUUGGUUCCCACCGCUGCAGAGCCGAGGCAGGAGCGCGCCCGGCCGGCCCCGGCUUCCCCAAUGACUGGACCUCUGUGAGGCGCAGCACGCAGCGAAGAUGGCCGGAACACGGGCCUUCUCGGAGGGGAAGAUUGCCGGCCUCUAUGAUCUGGAACGCACCCUGGGCAAGGGCCACUUUGCGGUGGUGAAGCUGGCGCGGCACGUCUUCACAGGUGAGCGGGUGGCCGUCAAGGUGAUCGACAAGAGCAAGCUGGAUGGCGGGGCCGCUGCCCAGCUCCUGCAGGAGGUGCGUUGCAUGAAGCUGGUCCAGCACCCCAACGUGGUGCGCCUCUAUGAGGUCAUUGACACCCACUCCAAGCUCUACCUCAUCCUGGAGCUGGGCGACGGUGGAGACAUGUUCGACCACAUCAUGCAGCACGAGGGCGGCCUUGAGGAGGAGCGGGCCAAGCACUACUUUGCCCAGAUCGUCCACGCCAUCUCCUAUUGCCACCGCCUCCAUGUGGUGCACCGCGACCUCAAGCCUGAGAACGUGGUCUUCUUCCAGGAGCAGGGAGUGGUCAAGCUGACGGAUUUUGGCUUCAGCAACUGCUUCCAGCCGGGCACCAUGCUCACCACCAGCUGCGGCUCCCUGGCCUACUCGGCCCCCGAGAUCCUGCUGGGGGACGAAUAUGAUGCCCCCGCUGUGGACAUUUGGAGCUUGGGCGUCAUUCUUUACAUGCUGGUGUGUGGGCAGCCGCCCUUCCAGGAAGCUAACGACAGUGAGACCCUGACCAUGAUCCUGGACUGCCGCUACACUAUCCCGAGUCACGUCUCCUCACAGUGUGCAGACCUGAUCUCUCAGAUGCUGCAACGGAACCCACAGCAGAGAGCCUCCUUGGAACAGAUUGAGAACCACCCGUGGCUGCAGGGCGUGGACCCCUCCCCGGCCAGUCGCUAUCUCUUGCCUCUAACCUCGCACAAGCGGGUCUCGGAGGAGGAGCACGAUAUCAUCAUCCAGGCCAUGAUGUGCGGCAACAUAGCAGACCGGGAAACAAUCCAAGAAGCACUGGAGGCCAAUCACUACAACCAUGUUACUGCCACCUACUUCCUGCUGGCUGAAAGGAUCCUGCGCGAGAAACAGGAGAAGCAGAGCCCUAGCCCCAGCCUGGUUUACAACCUUGCCCAGCACGUCCAAAGCAGAACCUCGUUCAGUGUUGUGAGCGAUCUAAGCCACCCCACGGCUUUGGAUGAAAGCCCUCAACCUCUGCCUACAACCAAGAGUGCUUUGGAGAACUUUGCCGAGCAUUCUGGGAAGUCCGUCCUGUCCUUCUCCGCUCUGGGAGAGAACGAGUCCCCUUCCAGUUUCCACGGAUGCGGGCAGCCAAUCAGAGCGCUCAUUCGGCCCUCCCUCAUUGAGACCCCCAUUGCUAAGAGCACUCCGGCCCUGCAGCAGAUUUCAGAGGAGGAGGAGGAGGAAGAGGAGGAAGAGGAGGGGAAGCCCGGCCUCUUCCGAAGGAGAACCUCCUCCUUGAACCAAGAGCAGAUGAGUGAUUUCCAGAGUGCCAAGGCUUCCCUGCUGUUCUGCCGAAGCCUCGCCGCCCACAGCAAACUAGUAAAGGCUCCCGUGGCGGGGUUCACCAAGAUGCGCUCCCUUGACCAGUCGCAUGAAUCCAGCCUGAACCAGGUGACUCUCCAGAGGCCUCUGUCCCUAAUAGACAGCCCAGGCUUUUGCCAAGAGCUCCUGAACCAAGCCGCACAACUGGAAGGCACCAGCAACUUCAAGUUGCAAAGGGCGAAAAGAGCCCCUGAAUCGCCCCCAGAAGGGACCACCGAAGAUGAGCCGUGGCUGGAUAGCAGGGGGGACUCCAAGGAGGAGGAGGACGGUGGCAGGGCAGUCGCGAGCCCCAGCACGGUGGAACGACACAUAGGGAAGGAAGAGGACAAUAACAACACUCCCCAAGUUGGACAGGGCCCUGUUAGAGAGAAGCUCCUGAGGAAGGAGGCUGGGGUCCAUAUUCCUCAGAAGAAUGAGGCUCUCGCUCGGGACACGGCUGCCCAGGCAAACACAGACUCGGACCCAGAAGGGAAGUCCCCCAAACCAGAUGGGAACCUUGAGAUGGGACCACCCAGUAGGCCAAAGCACUUGAGCGACAGCCGCGGGAACGGCAGCCCCAGCGGCAGCGAGAGUUUGGCGGACAACAUUAUCAAGCUCGACCCCGCCAAGGGCAAGAGUGCCAACCUGAAGGACCGGAUCCUGCAUUUCCCUCUCUGCGAGAAGGCCCUGGCCUUCCGGAUGCGGCCCGCCUCCAAGGAGAGCCUACUCUCACUGGGACAGUUCAACUGCUGCCAUGUCAUCUAGGACCCACGUUGCAUUUGCACGAGAGAAAGAGACCAUAGCAACGAAGGUGGUGACGAAGGCACAGGCCAGAGGGCAAGAUGUUGGUUCCCAUGAUCCUCUGCUCCCCCGGAAUGGCUGCUGGCAGGAUGGAUGCCCCUGCCUGCGUGAGAAUGCAUUCUGACUCUAGUUCUGUUGUAUCCGCUUGAACGAGAUGGAAUGAACCAAAACAGCUGCCCUCCCUCUUCGCUCCUCACCGAUACUCUCCAAACCCAGCGGAGCCUCCCAAUGCAUGCUGGGCCUCAGUCCCCUCCAGAGGACAGGGAUACCUGGAGCCUCCACCGUCACGUGCCGCCUGUUUCGGAGCCCCACAAUUUAGAAGCCGGGUGGUGGUUCCGAUUCAGCCAAGUGAAGCUGGAGAGGAGUUGGUCGUUCUCAAGAGGCCUUGAUACAGGAAUCCUCAAGCCAAGUUCAGGCCACUGCAGGCCGAGGGUGUGUCCCGCAGAGCCAAAAACUCGCAGUCAGGCAUACAGCUCCCUGGUCCUGAUAUGCCUAUCCAUGGAAGCCCUUGGGAAAGAAUCCCAUGGUGCGGUGUGGUCGUAACCCCUUUUUCCCCCCUUGCCUAAAGAGCCAUUUUCCUGCUCUUUUUAUCGCCCCCCCCCCCAUAACUCUCUAUUGUAACAAAGCUCAGAAAUGGCCAGUCCUGCAAUUUGGGUGUCUGGGAAAUUAUUUAUCGUAAGAAAACAGGAGGAGUCCGCUUCAGGAGCUCCUUCUGCUGCAUAAAAGUCCAUGCGGACAGAGGCCAAGGAGACUUCCCCCUGCCCCUUGCCCUCAAGGGAAGACCAAAGUGACCCCUGGUCUGCCAGGAGCCACACACACACACACACACACACACACACACACGGUGCACCCGUAACUGCCUUGAGGAUAGCCUGAUUGGGUAAGAUCUGUUUUGCAAAGCUCUGGCAGUGGACACUGACACAUUGCUCCUUGUCAGUCCCCGUCCCCCCCAGAUUCCUCCUUGCCUAUUGCAGCUGCCCCCUUUCCCAUGUUAAGCAAAUGGCGCCUCGUCUGAUGUUAACGUUAGCAAAAGCGGUGCGGGCGAGGGAAGCCACACCCUGCCUCCUCCCUCACCUCACUGCUCCCCGCUGCCCCCGUCACUUGACUUCCGGGCCGGCUCACCCCUGGGGUUGGGGCCAGGCUGGAGGACAGUGGGGGUUUGGACAGUGAGCUGCAGCAAGGGGAGGGGGAGGGUGCAGGCCCCCUCAUCCCCAGUCCCCCUUCUGCUUUAUAGGCAGUCCUUGGCUCUGGCCUGAUGGCUAGGAGGCACCCCCGGGGCUCAGCAGCUCGCCUCUUGGCUCUCCCUUGCAGCUGGGACAAGAGGGAGGAGGGAUUUUUGCUCACAGAGUUGAGGGCACCACGUUGCUUUUAUUUUACGAUCAGCCCACUGCAUUCGGCCGUUGAGGCUGUGGAGACCAAGCUGCCCUUUCCGCCAUUUCGACCCUCUCCCUGAUGGAUUGGCUGCUUGGUUUGAUUCCUCACCCCCACCCCACCCUCCGGUGCUACGCAAGGCAGGAUGCCCUUGCAGCCAGGGAUGGGUCCUGUGGCAAGCUCUCCGCCGGCCAUUUCCAGCCAGCCAAGGGUCAGUGCUCCAGCCCCUCGCAAGCAGCAUGUGCUCCCCACCCACCCCGUCCAAAGCAUCCCGGCUCGGCCAACCCCCCUGAAGAGGUGAGGUUUUUUUGUAGCAAUUAAAAUAUUUUUUAAAACAAAAUAGUCUAUUUUAAUGUAAUAUAGAGAUGGCUCUGUAUCCCUCCCUCAAGCCCAGCCUUUUCCCUGGGCAGCGAUGCACUUUUUAGGAGUGAAUUAGCCAUGCUCUUGCCCAUCUUUGACCCACAAAGCUUCCCUUCCCCUCCUUCCCCAGCUGCCCAGCAGCUAACUUGACCUGUAAGGUGUACAAGGACACUCCCUUCUUAAGGAUUUUGCUUGUUGGGAUGAGAUGGACAAAGAGAUGACUCCGCACACCCAGGGUCUCUGCAGGACUGGGUGUGUGAGACCUGCGCGCCCUUCUCCAGCCCUGUGCUUCUCUUUCCCCUUUCCCUGCUCGGCACCACACCAGGUGGCUCCACAUCGACAUUUGUCCACAUCCUGUGCCCAGACCUCCAGGCCCUGCCCCCCACCCCAGCCCCUGUCUGAAAUUCUUCCAGGAAAAUAAGCUGUCUGUGUAUUUAUCCUUCUUUUCUUGCUGGCAAGAAAUGAACUGGGAAAAUAGAUUGCUGAGCUCACUCUGGGUUCUGUACAAAGUGCACUGAUUGGAUCCAAGGCGAAGCAAGUUGAGUCCAAUAAA